CGGCCCGGGGCGCAGAGGGGCAAGAGAGCCGGACCGGACAUGGAGCCUGGGGCCGGGCCCUCCAGGGCCCCGCAGCCCGUCGAGGGCCACGGCCAGAUACUGCUGUUCGGCGAGCUCUGGAAGCGGGAUGAGCGCAGCCUGACCCUGCAGGCCCCGGACGAUCAUUCCGCCGGGCCCUCGUCCACCCGAGCCACGAGCGGCCACAGCAGCUCCGGCAACUGCGCCACGCGGCGGCGCAAGCGUCCCGGCGACAGCUUGCGGCUGAGCGCCGACUGCCCGGCCGCCAAGUCCGGGCGCUGCACGGAGCAGAGGCCGCGCGACCGGUGCCAGGCCGCCUGCGAGUGCAGGGCGGCCCCGGCUCCGUCUGAGAGCUCCGGCUGCGAGGCGACCGAGGAGCCGGCGGCCGGAUGCCGGGAUCGCCGCCCGCCGCCCGCGCCGCCCGCGCCGCCCGAGCACAGCGCCCGGCUGCUCCUGGUGCUGUGCCGCGCGUCGGCGCUGCGCUCCAACCUGCCGCGGCUGCAGCUGCUCCUGCAGCAGGUGCACGCGCGGGACGGCCGGCCGCCCGCCGCGCUCGUCGGCAUCAUCGUGCAGCCGCGGCCGGAGGAGGAGGCCGAGGCGCGCCGCCGCAUGGAGACCCUGCUCUGCGGCGCCUUCGCGCCGCACAGCCCCUCGGUGGAGGUGCACACGGCCGUGUUCAGCCCCAGCCGCUCCGACUGCACCCUGGACAUCCAGCCCGCCGCCAGCCGAGGGCACAGUGCCAGGGAGCGGGGCUGCGUCCCGCUAGUGGAUCAGGAGACGCAGACGGAUGAAAACCUACAAGGAAACACUCCACUCACCGUAAUUCACGUGCUCCAAGCUCUCGGGACUGCUGCUGUGGCUCUGGGGGCCCUGGGAGCUGCCUAUUACACCAUUGAAUCCUUGUGAGCAAACCCCCAGGCCCGCGGUCCGGCAGAUCCAGUUUCCAUCAAGGAUCUCUCUUGUCACCAAAAUAGAACGGGAAAAAAA